AUAGCAGCGCACCUAGUGUCAAGAAACAAGUACCAAAAUGUUAUGUUAUGUUUACAUGUGUGCGUGUGUACAAAUUAAAAAAGGAAAAAAAAAAUUGUCUAAAUUGUGUAAUUGUUGACAUCGACAAUUAAAUAGUGUUUCGUAAUAUUGUGAUGAAAUUAACAAAUUUUUGAUAAAAUGUAAAAUUAUUCGCUGUCCAGUUUCUUAUAUUUGCAAAUCGAAAUGUAUUUGUAUAUCGAUAUGCGUCAUUCUAACCUAAACAAUGAUAGUGCGAUAUAAUUCUUUGAAUAUAUACUAGACGACAAUUUUAUCGGGUUAAAGUUCAAAAGUAAUUUAUUUUAUCUUUUGUACUUCCUCUUUAAUGUUUGAUAUGAACGAAAUUUCAUUUAAUAUAUUAUGCAGUCUUUGUUUUCAAUUGUCAUUUUCAUCAAGGGCAAUCGUUUUUGAUUUCUAUGAUCAAUUUAGCUGAUUAUUUUCUUUUUUUCAAAAUAUCAUGAUCAAAUAUCAUAAAUUGAUUCUCAGUAAUUACGCAAAGUGUCAAUUUAGCAAUUAUGAUUUCCCUUCUGAGAAAGGUGAAUUCCGCGGCAAACAAGAGAGAUAUUCUUGUUCGGGAAUCGCUUCAACGUCAAUUAAAUACCUGCGUAAUGGAAAUGCAAAGUGCGCCAGGUGUCGUAGAAGGUGUUCCAGUGGCAAAUUGCGAGGAGACAAUGGCACUUUGUUUCAUUUUAGAAGCAAUUUUUCUACAUGGAUUAAAGGACAGUCUUUUAAAUAGAGUGACUGAAGCACUUAAUGGUCCUGAUUUUGAUGCAAUGCCACAGCCAAGUUUUUGGGGACCUUUACUUGUUUUUUCUCAUCGUCAAAUUAUUGAUCAAAUACAAACAUUAACACAAGUUACAACUGAAGUUGGUUAUUGUCGUGCUUGGAUUCGAAUUGCUUUAAAUGAAGGAAUUUUAGCAAGUUAUUUUACUUCAAUUCAUCGAGAUAAUUCUGCCCUAAAGCCUUAUUACAAUAAAGCAGCAUUCAUAAGAGAUUUAGAUCUUGUGGAAAUAACACAGAAAUUAAUCGAAAAUAUGGAUUACGUGAGAUUUGAACUCGCUUGUAAUUCAAGUCUUUUGAAUUUUUGGUCGAGUACACCAUUAUUAAUGGCAGCAAUUUGGUCACCACCAUUAAAAUCGUGUCCAGUUUUUAGUGCAGUCGAUAUUGCAAAAACAAUAAGCAGCGAUAGUAAUGAUACAUUUGAAGAAAUCGAAACGGCAAGUUCCAUUGGAAGUUUAGGUUCUUUUAAUUCAUCAUUAUCGACUAUUAAUAAUAUUGGCUGUCUCUCAGAGGACGAUGCUCUUAAAAUUAUUUUAAAAACUAAACAGAAAGAUAUGCAAAAUUUACAAGAUUUGGCAAUUGGUUCCGAGACAACGGACGAUGAGGUGAAGGAUUUGGAAUUUGAACGAAGAGAAAAAAGAAAAGAGAGACGAGAGAGAAUGAUGAUGGAUCGUAAGAGAGAGGAAAAUUUGAAGGAAAAGCAAAUAGAAAUAAAAGAGAAUAAUGAAAAUAAUUCAUUGGAAAAUUUAGAAACUAAGGAAAAUGGAAUUGAAGAAAAUGAAAAAGAGUCGAAAGAUGAUGAGGAAUCUGAUAAAAAAGAAUCUGAAGCACAAGGAUUAGGUAAUUCUCUUGUAGGAAGAUUAGGUUGGUCAACUUCUUUUGAGGACUGUGCAUCUUCAUUAACUUCAUCUGUGAUAUCACAAAAUUCUGACAAUAGAUAUACACAAGAGGCACCAACUUACGAUGCAUUAAUAAAGAGUUACAAUCCUGCUGGAUAUAGUUUAUCACCAGAUCUUCAGGAACUUAUUAAUACUUAUCCACUUAGUCAACCAAUUCCUGUUGAAUCAAUUGCUCCAAACAAUGAGAGGAUUUCUGUGAGCUUUGAUGAGCAAUUAGAAAAAAUUCCAAGAGAACGUGGUCUUGACGCUCAAAAUUAUAGUUGCUACGAUUGUGGACAUUCAAUUGGAAUGACAUUUUCAACAGCUCAUGUUUGCUUUUUCUUUGGCGAUUAUUAUUGUUCAAAUUGUAUGUCGGAUGAGGAAUUUUUAAUUCCAUCGCGAAUUAUACAUAAUUGGGAUUUAAAGCAUUAUCCCGUUUGUCAAAGAGCAGCGACAUAUUUAACAAAUUCCUCAGCACUAUUGGAUUUAAAGACAAUAAAUCCAAAAAUUUAUUCAGCUGUCGAACCAAUGGCUCAACUUCAAACAUUAAGAAUUCAAUUGAAUUUAUUGCGCGCCUAUUUAUUUACGUGUCGUGAGCCUGUUAUUGAAUCAUUGCAAAAAAAAGUUUUCCCCCGUGAUUAUUUGUAUGAACAUAUUCAUCAAUAUUCUGUAUCUGAUUUAUUGGAUGUUCCAAAUGGUGCGCUGGCGCAACAAUUGCAAAAAAUUAUUGAAUUCGCUAAAAAUCAUGUAAUGGGAUGUUGGCUUUGCAGUCAAAAAGGUUUUAUUUGCGAAGUCUGUAAAAAUCCAAAAGUUAUUUAUCCAUUUGAUUUGGAUUCAACAUAUCGGUGCGGAGCUUGUAAUGCAGUUUUCCAUUCAAGAUGCUUAAAUUCUAGCAAACUUUGUCCAAAAUGUGAACGCAGACGCAAAAGAAUGGAUAUUUCUCAUUUGGAUGUGGGAGAUUCAGAAUUACCUCCGGAAUCAAUAAUCGCACCACUAGUAAAUUAAUAUUAUUAUUUUAUUAUUUAGAUUUUGUAAACAGUAUUACAAAAAAGAGUCUUUAGACAAUUGAUAGAAUUUUGAAACGAAAAAAGUAUCAUUCAAUGUAAAAGACAAACUAUUUUUCUUAAUUUCAGGGAAAAGUUUACUUAUUUUUAACAAUUAUUAAUUACAUAAAAAUUUCUCUUAUUUUUUGAACUAUAAAGUAUACGUCUAUGUAAUAGACUAUAUUUUCUCUAUAAUAUUUAAAAUGAAUUUCUUUUAGAAAAUUUAAAAAAAUAAUUAACUGUUUAAUUUUAAAAAGCCUAUUUUUAUAUAAUUAACUUUGAUUUAAUUGAAAAAUUAUUAACAAUUUGAUUAGAUGCAAAAAAAAGAAACAAAUAAUUUUAGUUCUAAAAACUUGAGUUUUUAACAAAUUAAUAAAUUCUUAAUUUAUUUUUAGAGUGUGGCAAAAUGAACAUUUUUUUUCUUUGAAAAAGUAAAAAAAAAUGUCAAAAGCCUCGUUAGAGUCAUAUCAUAAAUGUAAAUUUAAAAAAAAAAGUACUAAAAAAUUGUGAUAUCAAAAUUAAUUUGAAAACUCAACGAGACUUGAUAACAACGUAUUUCAUCAUUUUAUAAAAUAUUUAUUCUUCAUUUAUGUACAAAAGUUAUAGUAUAAACAAUAAUUGCUUAUUACAAACUGUAACUUAUUCUUCUA